AUCAAAACAAAGUCUACUCUUCACGUUCUCUUUUAUAAAGUCUUCUCCUUGACGUCAACCCUUUGGUUAAUCGGUUCAUUUCGAUUUUCUAUAAGAAGAUCUUUGGGUUAGAUAUUUGGAGCAUUCUCGGCUUAACACAAGAGAUAGAUGGAUGCUAGAGCUGUUCUACUUAUCGGCGAGACUGACAGUUACGAUGGCGUUACCGUAACUGUGGAGGAACCAAUGGAUGCUGAGGUUUUCACCGAAAGGCUUAGGGCUUCCCUUUCACAUUGGAGACAAGAGGGGAAAAAGGGGAUUUGGAUAAAGCUACCUCUUGGACUUGCUAAUCUUGUAGAGCCUGCAGUUAAUGAAGGGUUUAGGUAUCACCAUGCUGAGCCUGCUUACGUGAUGCUUGUGUCUUGGAUCUCUAACAGCACUGACACUAUCCCUGCCAAUGCUUCUCAUAUUGUAGGUGUUGGUGCUUUGGUCCUCAACAAAAACACUAGAGAGGUCCUCGUUGUCCAGGAAAAGAGUGGUUAUUUCAAAGAUAAAAAUGUGUGGAAGCUGCCUACUGGUGUUGUCAACGAGGGUGAGGAUAUUUCCACUGGAGUUGCUAGGGAAGUGGAAGAAGAAACUGGUAUUGUUGCAGAUUUUGUGGAAGUGUUGUCUUUCAGGCAAAGCCACAAAGCAUUCCUGAAACAGAAAACGGAUCUGUUCUUCCUGUGUGUCUUAACCCCACGCUCCUACGAAAUCACUGGACAAGAGUCUGAGAUCAAGCAAGCUAAGUGGAUGCCGAUCAAAGAAUAUGUAGACCAGCCAUGGAACCAGACGAAAGAGAUGUUCAAGAUCAUGGCUAACAUCUGCCAGAAGAAGUGUGAUGAAGACUAUGUGGGAUUCUCCACUGUGGAAAGUACCACAGCAACUGGUAAAAAGAGCUUUGUCUACUGCAAUGCUGAUCACGCCAAGAGCCUUAAUGCAACGCGUGACCAAGCCUCCUCUUCUCUUUGAAUAACAUUCUGUCACAUCUCAAGCAUUUGUGUUUCUUCUAUCUUGUUCCAUUGCAUCAUUUGGCUUUGUCUUCUACUCUAUUUUCAGUUAUUACUUUCCAAAACAUCCCCAGUUUAUGUCUUCAUGUUAUUUCUGGUUUAAUCCGGUUUAACAUGGUACACUGCUGUUUAUCUCUGUUUAAUCUGGUUUAAUUUGA